CUCUGGGACGUUAUCCUGCGGAGAGAAUUGCCCUUAAAGAAUCGCCUCCAGAAAAACCAGGCAGGAGACGCAGCAUGCCCGGAAGCGCCUCCGAUAAGAGUCCCACCAUGGAACAAACGGCUACCACGCCAUUCCGAGUCACGGGGUUUCUCAGCCGCCGACUCAAAGGCUCCAUCAAAAGGACAAAGAGCCAGCCUAAGCUAGACAGGAACAGCAGUUUUCGGCACAUAAUACCUGGCUUCAGGAGCGUGGACAAUGAAAGGGAGGACCAGCUCGAUUGCAAUGGAAGAGGAGAACUGACACCCGAGGGCGGAUUGGGGCCAUGUAAUCGGUCCCACCUAAUGCCCAGAUUGAAAGAAUCGAGAUCCCACGAAUCUCUGUUAAGCCCCAGCGCUGCCGCCGACGCUCUUGAUCUCAGCAUGGAGGAAGAAGUCGUCAUCAAACCCGUUCACAGCAGCAUCCUUGGUCAGGAUUAUUGUUUCGAGGUAACGGCUUCCUCCGGGAGUAAAUGUUUUUCGUGUCGUUCUUCAGCCGAGAGAGAUAAAUGGAUGGAAAACUUGAGGCGCGCAGUUCACCCAAAUAAGGACAAUAGCAGGAGAGUGGAGAACAUGCUCAAACUAUGGAUUAUUGAGGCCAAGGAUCUGCCAGCCAAAAAGAAAUACUUGUGUGAAUUAUGUCUAGACGAUGUACUUUAUGCACGAACUACUUGCAAAAUGAAAACCGAUAAUGUGUUUUGGGGGGAGCACUUUGAAUUUAAUAACCUUCCUUCGUUGAAAAGCAUCACCGUCCAUUUAUAUAAGGAGACAGACAAAAAGAAAAAGAAAGACAAGAACAAUUAUAUGGGACUGGUGAAUAUCCCCAUUGGAGCGGUGACGGGGAGGCAGUUUGUGGAGAAAUGGUACCCCGUGGUAUCUCCGAACCCGAGCAAAGGCAAAUCUUCCGGCCCCAUGAUACGCAUCAAAACGCGCUACCAGAGCAUCAGCAUACUUCCUAUGGAGCUGUACAAAGAAUUUGCGGAGUAUAUCACCAAUAACUAUAUGGUGCUCUGCUCAACGCUCGAAGGAGUCCUUAGCGUCAAGAAUAAAGAAGAAAUGGCGUCCGCACUGGUUCACAUUUUACAAAGCACUGGAAAGGCCAAGGACUUCCUUACGGACUUGAUGAUGUCAGAAGUGGACCGUUGCGGCGAGAACGAGCACCUUAUAUUUCGGGAGAACACUCUUGCUACUAAGGCCAUCGAGGAGUACCUGAAACUAGUAGGUCAGAAGUAUCUACAGGAUGCUUUAGGCGAAUUUAUUAAGGCCCUGUACGAGUCGGAUGAGAAUUGUGAGGUGGAUCCCAGCAAAUGCUCAUCUUCCGACCUGCCUGAACACCAGGGGAACCUGAAAAUGUGUUGCGAAUUAGCGUUUUGCAAAAUCAUCAAUUCCUACUGCGUGUUUCCAAGGGAGCUCAAAGAGGUCUUCGCGUCGUGGAGACAGGAAUGUAACAGCCGAGGGCGUCCAGAUAUCAGCGAGAGACUGAUCAGCGCUUCCUUGUUCUUACGCUUCCUAUGCCCGGCCAUCAUGUCGCCAUCAUUAUUCAACCUGCUCCAGGAAUAUCCGGACGACCGGACGGCGAGGACUUUGACCUUGAUCGCCAAAGUCACCCAGAACCUCGCCAACUUUGCAAAGUUCGGCAGUAAAGAGGAGUACAUGUCGUUCAUGAAUCAGUUCCUGGAGCAUGAAUGGACCAACAUGCAGAGGUUCCUGCUGGAGAUAUCCAAUCCGGAAACCAUUUCAAAUACCGCGGGCUUCGAAGGCUACAUCGACUUGGGCCGGGAGCUGUCAACGCUGCACUCUCUUCUGUGGGAAGUCAUCUCUCUGCUGGAUCAGGGCACGGUCGCUAAACUUGGACCCCUUCCUCGAAUUUUAAGAGAUCUUAAUACAGCUCUUAGCAAUCCAUCCAGCAUCCAGGGCUCCGUCACAAGCGAUCACUCCGCAACGACGCCAAACGCAGGCAACAGCAUAUCUGCCGGACUUCAGAGGAUGGUAAUCGAGAAUGACUUAUCUGGUCUAAUAGAUUUCACAAGGUUACCAUCUCCAACUCCUGAAAACAAGGACUUAUUUUUUGUCACAAGGUCCUCUGGGGUUCAGCCGUCGCCGGCACGAAGUUCCAGCUACUCGGAAGCCAACGAGCCCGAUGUGCAGAUUACUAAUGGCAACAAGAGUUUGUCAAUGGUUGACCUUCAAGACAAUCGGGUUUUGGACAUUGGCACGAACACUUCAUGUAUGGGGGACUCUUUGAAUGAAAGCCAAACCUCUUUUAGCCAGUUGCAAGCGAUCUGGACUGCACGAACACCACAGGGCAAUAUCAUGACCAUGACCACCGCUAGAAGAACGGGACAGACGCCUUCAACUCCAAAUGCAGAUACGCCACCGGGCAGGCCUCAACUUUUGGCACCUUUAUCGUUCCAAAACCCCGUGUACCAAAUGGCAUCGGGUUUGCCAGUAUCGCCACGAGGCUUGGGGGACUCUGGGUCAGAAUGCCAUAGCUCUCUGAGUUCCCACAGUAACAGCGAGGACUUGGCCGGGAGCAAACACUGCUUCGUUAAUCCCGGUAGCAGCGAGGAUUUCAGCAGACGCCCCGGGGAUAUGUCUCGGAGGCAAUAUUCCUUAGGUGACAAAGCUGGCCAGCCUACUAUGCCACGGCAAAACAGUUCAGGCCCCCAGAGGCGAAUAGAUCAACCGCCCCCUCCACCUCCACCGCCGAUGACUAGAGGAAGGACACCGCCAACGUUACUCAACACAACACCGUAUCCAAGGCCGUCCAGUGGAAGUAUGAUGUCAUCUUCCCCAGACUGGCCUGGCAGCGGGGCACGGAUGAGGCAACAGUCUUCAUCCUCCAAAGGUGACAGCCCAGAGAUGAAACAAAGAACAGUACAUAAGCAGGCCCCCUCACCCGUGAAUCCCAAUGCCCUGGACCGAACUGCUGCUUGGUUGUUGAAUAUGAAUUCGCAGCUUUUAGAAGAUGAUUCCGCAGACUCAGAUAUCAAGCACAGGGAUAAACUCAGGAUUAAGGAUGAAUUCACCCAAGCAGAAAAGUACCAGCAGGAGAUCAUGGUUCUGCAGGACAAAUUGCGUCUGUCGAAUAAGAAGCUGGAAGAUUAUGAAAACCGCUGCAAGAGCCAGGAUGAGCAAACCCAAAAGGUACUUCUGGAAUACCAAGCAAGGCUGGAGGAAAGUGAGGAGAGACUUCGGAGGCAACAGGAAGACAAGGAGAUGCAGAUGAAAGGAAUUAUAAGCAGAUUAAUGUCUGUGGAAGAGGAGUUAAAGAAAGACCAUGCCGACAUGCAAGCCGCCGUGGAUUCCAAGCAGAAGAUUAUCGAUGCACAGGAGAAACGUAUCGCAUCCCUGGACGCGGCCAACGCCAGACUCAUGAGCGCCCUCACGCAACUUAAAGAGAGGUACAACAUGCAGACACGUAAUGGAAUCUCCCCCACAAACCCAACUAAAUUGCAGAUCACAGAGAACGGAGAGUUCAGAAACAGCAGUAAUUGUUAACAAAGCGGAAACACGUCAGAGAUGAACCCCAACAGUCAUGAACUCAGCUGCCAGCAGCACUUCAAGGGAUACCUGCUCAUUUAAUGGAAGCAGCGUUUGACUGAUGCAUUUUGUGGAUCUAAUACCCCUAAAAAGCGAAAGCCAAUGCUUUGGGGGGGAAAUAGUAAAGAAAAAAAAAACAAGAAAAACAAAACACACACACAAAUACACAAAAAAAACUUGUAGAAAAUGUGCCAUAACAAUACAUAUUUGUAUAUGA